AUUAAAUUCUGGAAAAUUACAAUAUGAAACAAUAUAUUAAUAAAUUUAAUAUAAACUAAAUAAUUAGAAUCCAGAAUUUGAAGAUAUCAUCUCAUUUAAUAGUGCUGGAAAUGCCUUUAUAGUCAAGGAUUAGAAUGGAUUCAGUGAUUAUGUGUUGCCAAAACAAUUUAAGCAUCAAAACUUUAGUUCCUUUAUAAGAUAAUUGAACAUGUAUGGUUUCAAGAAGAUAAGAAAUGUCAAUAAUUAGAAUCAGUUCAGUCAUCAUUAUUUUUUAAAAGGAAGAGAGUACUGAAUCUGAUUAAAAUAGAGAUCUCCUGUACAAAAUCAUGAGGAAGAAUAGCAUUAUUCACAAAUAUCAUUAUCUGAAAAUGUAGAAUAGAUAAAAGAAAGAAGUUAAUCAAUUAAAUUCCAACUAUUCAGAAUUGAAGAUGGACAUAGAAUAAAUAUAAAAAGAACUCAUUUAUUUUUAUUAACAAUUUGACUAAGUUAAAAUUGUUAAUAUCAUUCUUAGUUUUAAACUAGUCUUUCAACUUUGAUUGACUCCUCUAGACAAUAAAUUAGAGAACUAAGCAUUAUUAAGAAUUAGAAUUCCUUUUGUAAUGACUUACUUCUCCAAGUCUUGUCUAAUGUAUCUAAAUCAUAACCUGAAUAAAAAUAUCAUUGUAGCAAUUCCAUUAUAUUCUAUUAGUUCAAUAUCCAUUUACUAACUCUACCCAACAAACUCAAACUACUAAAAGCAAUCGAAGUGAUAAAGAUGAAUUAAAUAAUGAUAAUGAAAAUAAUAACAAUUCGAGUAAAGAGGGUAAAAUUUAUAUUAUUGUUAUUAUUUUAAGAUACCAAUCAAAGUUUUUAGAGUAAUUCUUUUAGAGAUCCUUAAUAACAAUAAUUGAAAUCAGAUUGAAUGGAAUUUGA